UGGCCCAAUCCUGGUCAUUUUCAGGGAAAGUUUCACAGGAUGCGAGGGUACUUAUGUGAGUGAGGGGAACAGAGUGACUCCUCUAUCCCACCCGUGUAGCAGGGAGACAUCCUUUCUCAGCCAGUCAACUGUUUUUUGGGGGUGCUUGUUUGCACAACAGCUGGUCGCCAUGCCCACCGACGCUCAAAGUGAUGCCCGCUCCUUCCUCACUGAGGAGAUGAUUGCAGAGUUCAAGGCCGCCUUUGACAUGUUUGACACUGAUGGCGGCGGUGACAUCAGCACCAAGGAGCUGGGCACGGUGAUGAGGAUGUUGGGACAAAACCCCUCAAGGGAGGAGCUGGAUGCCAUCAUUGAGGAAGUAGAUGAGGAUGGCAGCGGUACCAUUGACUUUGAGGAGUUCUUGGUCAUGAUGGUGCAACAGUUAAAGGAGGACCAGGCCGGCAAGAGUGAAGAGGAGCUUUCUGAAUGCUUCCGUAUUUUCGACAAGAACGGAGACGGAUUCAUCGACCGGGAGGAGUUUGGAGACAUUCUGCACAUGACCGGAGAGCCUGUCACAGAGGAAGACAUUGAUGAGAUGUUUGGCGAAUCUGACAAUAAUAAGGAUGGAAAGAUUGAUUUCGAUGAGUUUUUGAAGAUGAUGGAGAAUGUCCAGUAAAGAUCACAUUCCCUGGUGACCCUCUUUUUGCCCCUAAUAAUCAGAUCACUGCAUUUUUAAUUGGCAUCAUUUUGUUUCGAGGUUAAAUACCUUCCACCACGCUGUUCUCAUAUGAAGCCCGAAGGUCUGGUAAGAAUGUCUAAAAAUAUCCGUCCACCCCUUUUAAGACGAAGACACUUUCCUGCAGCCGGUCCUCAGCUGUCCCUUGCUUGGCAGCUGCUGCUUCUCCUGACAUGCUACACCAAGUAUUCCCAUCAAAUCAUCCAACUCCUCUUCCAUAAGCUGUGGUGUCUUCUGAAAUAAACCAACCUUUUUCUCAUUGGUU